AUGGGUCUUGAUCCAGACGAGGAAAUGGACAGAAAGAAGACGGAUAAGUACGGCGAGUUUCUUCUUGAUGGCACUGAAAGCGAAUUUACAAACAUCGAUCCAUACCUGAAAAUCUACCACGAUUGUAACGACGGCCGCAAGGUUACCCCCUGUCAAAGAAAAUGGAAAAUUCGAGUUCCAGACAAUUAUAUAAAUAAAGCGGAUGAACCGAUAGUGAAAAUUUUGGAUAUUGGUACAUGGAAUCUUGAGGCAAUUUUGAUGACUGAAUCGAAACACUGUCCAAGUUGA